AUGAAUGAAGUCGGUAUACAAAUUGGUGAUAGGGUAUUGGUACGAAAUUUGUCAGGUACUGUGCGAUUCAUCGGAGAAACAGAGUUCGCAACCGGUGUUUGGAUCGGAGUUGAACUAGAUGAUCCUGUGGGCAAGAAUGACGGUAGUGUGCAAGGGGUGAGGUAUUUCGAACUAGCUGAUGAUAAAAAGGGUGCUAUGUUCGGUAUUUUCAGUAAAUAUGAAGAGGUAAGGAAACUAUAUCCAAUGUCAUCAUCAACACCAUCACCACCUUCUUCAGCUUCUGCUUCCACCGAUACUGCUCGACUAAAAAAGAUAAUUGGGAAAUUGGAGGAUAAACUGUUGUCAAUGCGAACUCAGUGCAAAACCCUAGAGGAACAGGUUUCUAAAGCCACAGCGGAGCAGUCAAGGAUGUAUCUCCUAGAGAAUCAGUUAGAAAAAUUGACAUUGGAGAGAGAUGAUGCCGAACAAAGAAACGAUAUACUGCUUUCAGAGCUGGAACAAUUGGCAUCGGCUCAUGAAGAGGCAUUGAAGGAACUCAACCAAUAUAAAGAAGAAGUGCUGAUGAGACGUGCUGCAGACUCAGACUUGAAUCUGGAAGAACUGGAUUCUCUGGACUCAGGCACUUUAUUGAAGCAGAGUAAAUUAAUGGCCGUCGCAUUAAGUAAGCUACAGUUAGACCUUAGUAAAAUGCAAAGUCAAUGCGAAGAUUUACAGAAAUUAAAUGAUACACUGGGGGCACAAACACAGGAAUAUAUAUCUACUAUAGAAACUCUCGAAAAGAACCUAUCAGAAUCUAAAAUUUCUCUAGAGGAUUUACAACAACAAUUCGAAGCUAGUGGAAAUUCAAGCCUUAUUAUAGAAUCUUUAACAACUGAAAAUCAUAUAUUAGCAUCUGAGGUUGAGUCAUUGAAGCAGGAAUUGGAUUCUAUCAAACAAAAACGUUCGGAAGAUGAAGAGUUAGAAACCCUUUACAAAGAGAUAGAAAAAGAGCUAAACUUACAGAUCCAUACCCUCCAAGACAAUCUAUCAAACGACGAAGCGUUAAUAUCCUCCUUAAAAAAUGAGAAUGAAACGUUAAUCCAAGAAUUAAAAUCUAUGCAUAAAGGGACUGAAUCUCCUUUACCAAAUCAUUCAGCAACAGCAGUAUCAUCUGAUAUUGAAAAAUUACAAGCGGAAAUAGCUGCAUUGAAAUUUCAAAAUAGAGAAUUAGAGUUCGAAAGCGGCGUAUCUGCACAUAAACUGAGCUAUGUGAAAUUUGAUGAAAAAAUUGAUAGACUGUCUCAGAUCAAAUACAUUUGCGAGGAAGAUUUUAAAAUAACCCAAGACCCAAUUGAAGCUUGUAAGACACAACUUGUGUUAAUAUAUUACUAUUGGUUGAUUCACUUCGAUAUAGACACAACACUUUGUGACAAAAAACUUGACAUCAAUGCAUUUGUUAAAUGUGUGAAGGAAAACAAACCACUUGGUCUCAAUAUUGAAACUAUUCAAGAGCCAAAUAUGAAUAUAUCAAACCCAAAAGUUAUUUUUGCAGCUAUCAAUGAAUUUAUUAAUGGAUUUAUAGAUUCACUCCUAUCUUACGAUCUUAAAAUUGACGAACAUGAUCACGAAAAGGUAAGACUUCAAUACUCACAAUUUCAGGAUAUACAUAAAUAUUGUGCAAAAAAACUAAAAGAGUAUGAAGAAUUCGAAGGUGAUGUUUUGGCGGAUACGAAUUUACAUCCAAUGUAUUUGCAAUUUGUUCAAAUGGUGUUACACUUGAAAAAUGAGGAUGAUAACCUCAAUAAGUUUAAGCAAAAUCUUGAAAGCUUAAGUAUCAAUAUGACCGCCUAUGAAAAGGAGACGGACAAUAAAGAGAAUACUUCUAACUCAAAGGAGUUCCAAGAGCAGAUAAAUUAUUUGCAACAUACUAUGAUGGAAAAAGAUCAGCUAAUUGAAGAGCUACAACUCAAAAUUAAAGUUUUCGACUCUAAAUUUGCUAGAAACGAAGAGAUGGAAUUGACAAUUUCUGAUCUAAAGAACGAAUUGGCCGUUGCGAAGGCGAAAAUAUUGAAUCUUCAAGAAGAGCUUUCAAAUAUAAAUGAAGAGCAUCAACAAUUCUUGUUAAAAGUUCGUAAUGAAAAAUACGACCAAAACAAUUUAAUUGUUACACCGUCUAUACAGAAGCUACAAGAGCAGAAAGAAAGUUUUGACAGAGCUGCUUUACUAUCAGAAAUUGCCGAACUUCGUAGAGUUGUUAUUUUGCGAGAGAAAAAAUCAUCCCUUGAGUGGACAAUGUCUCCGUUGGAACGAAACUUACAGUCUUCAACAAAAGUUUUAUUCCAAGACUUCAAUAAUUUGGCAAACGUUAUGUCGUACUGUAUAGAUCUUUCGAAUAACCAACUUGAAACAAAAUCCGUUACCAUACAAAGGCACAGGUUGGUAUCUCUGAACGAAAAUCUCGAGUCAUCUUUUGCAUAUAUCCGAGGCAUGCUAAAUAGUACUACAUAUUAA